AUGCAGCGGGCCGCGCUCUUCAGCGGCGGCGAUGCGCAGAUGGCCGCCGGGGACCUGGGCGAGCUGCUCGUCCCCUACAUGCCCACGAUCCGGGUGCCCAAGUCAGGGGACCGGGUCUACAAGACGGAGUGUGCCUUCUCCUACGACUCGCCCGAUUCAGAAGGAGGUCUCUAUGUGUGCAUGAACACGUUUCUGGGAUUUGGAAGGGAACACAUUGAAAGGCAUUACCGGAAAACAGGACAGUGUGUAUAUUUGCAUCUGAAACGACAUGUGAUAGAGAAGGUACCAGGGGCAUCUGGUGGAGCUUUACCAAAAAGGAGGAAUGCUAAGCUAUAUUUAGAUCUAGAGACAAACAGUGAUCUCAACAGUGAUGACUUUGAAUAUGAAGAUGAAGCAAAACUCGUUAUAUUUCCUGAUCACUAUGAAAUCUCAUUACCCAAUAUAGAAGAGUUACCAGCACUGGUGACGAUAGCUUGUGAUGCACUCCUCAGUGCAAAAUCGCCCUACAGGAAGCAGGACCCUGACUCCUGGGAAGAAGAGCUACAGGCAUCUAAACAUGCCAAAACACUUGUACAGUUAGACAAUGGUGUUAGAAUUCCCCCCAGCGGUUGGAAAUGCUCAAAAUGUGACCUGCGGGAGAAUCUGUGGCUAAACCUGACAGAUGGUUCUGUGCUGUGUGGAAAGUGGUUCUUUGAUGGCAGUGGGGGGAACGGGCAUGCAAUGGAGCACUACAAGGAGACAGGUUAUCCCCUGGCAGUGAAGUUGGGAACCAUCACUCCUGAUGGAGCAGAUGUCUAUUCCUUUGAUGAAGAGGAGCCAGUUUUAGAUCCGCAUAUAGCAAAACAUUUGGCACACUUUGGAAUUGAUAUGCUGCAGAUGCAAGUGACAGAGAAUGGGCUAAGAGAUAAUGAUAUAAAACCAAGAGUCUCUGAAUGGGAAGUGAUUCAGGAAGCUGGUGUGAAACUCAAGCCUGUGUAUGGCCCAGGAUACACCGGCAUGAAGAACCUGGGAAACAGCUGCUACCUCAAUGCUGUCAUGCAAGCCAUUUUCAGCAUCCCAGAGUUCCAGCGAGCGUAUGUGGGAAACCUUCCACGAAUAUUUGACUACUCUCCUCUUGAUCCAACACAAGAUUUCAACACUCAGAUGGCUAAACUGGGACACGGUCUCCUUUCAGGCCAGUACUCUAAGCCACCCAUGAAAUCUGAGCUUAUUGAGCAGGUGAUGAAAGAAGAACACAAGCUUCAACACAAUGGAAUAUCUCCCCGAAUGUUUAAGGCUUUUAUCAGUAAAGGCCACCCAGAAUUUUCCUCUAAUAGACAACAAGACGCACAGGAAUUUUUCCUACAUCUUAUAAAUCUAGUAGAGAGGAACCCUGUCGGUUCAGAAAACCCUAGUGAUGUUUUCCGGUUCCUGGUGGAAGAACGCACACAAUGCUGCCAGUCCAGAAAGGUCCGCUACACAGAGAGGGUGGACUAUAUCAUGCAGUUACCUGUUGCCAUGGAGGCAGCAACAAACAAAGAUGAAUUAAUUGCCUAUGAAUUGAAGAGGCGAGAAGCAGAAGCUGCAAGGAGACCUCCACCAGAGCUUGUCCGUGCCAAGAUCCCAUUCAGUGCGUGUCUGCAGGCCUUUUCUGAACCAAACAAUGUAGAAGAUUUCUGGAGCAGUGCCCUUCAAGCAAAAUCUGCAGGAGUUAAGACUUCUCGUUUUGCUUCGUUUCCUGAGUACUUAGUGGUGCAGAUAAAGAAAUUCACCUUUGGCCUUGACUGGAUACCCAAAAAGCUUGAUGUUUCUAUAGACAUGCCAGAUUUCCUGGAUAUCAGCCACCUUCGGGCCAGGGGUCUCCAGCCAGGAGAAGAAGAACUUCCAGACAUUGCUCCUCCCAUUAUCAUUCCAGAUGACCCAAAAGAUCGUACGACGAACCAUUUUGUGGAGUCUCUAGAUACUGAUGAGUCUUCAGUUAUGCAACUGGCAGAGAUGGGUUUUCCUUUGGAAGCGUGUCGGAAAGCUGUGUACUAUACAGGCAACCUGGGUGCUGAAGUCGCUUUCAACUGGAUCAUUGCACACAUGGAAGAACCAGACUUCGCUGAGCCAUUGGUCAUACCUGCAUUUGGAGAAGUUGCUUCCAGUGGAGCAGCUGCGUUUGGAGCUGUUGGGCUAGAUAACCAACCUCCUGAAGAGAUGGUUGCAAUUAUCAUUUCCAUGGGCUUCCAAAGGAAUCUAGCAAUUCGAGCGCUGAAGGCAACAAACAAUAAUUUGGAGCGUGCGCUGGAAUGGAUCUUCAGCCGCCCUGAACUCGAGGAAGAAAGUGAGCCUGCUUUGGACAUGAUGGAUGUGGAGAACAACGCUAAUGCCAAUAUCCUUGCAGAGACAGGGUCGGAGGGACCCAGGAUCAAAGACGGGUCUGGAAGAUAUGAGCUGUUUGGGUUCAUCAGCCACAUGGGAACAUCCACAAUGAGUGGCCACUAUGUUUGUCAUCUCAAAAAAGAAGGAAGAUGGGUGAUCUACAAUGACCUUAGAGUCUGUGCCUCAGAACGACCUCCCAAAGACCUGGGCUACAUUUAUUUUUACCACAGGAUACCAAGUUAGGCCUCAAACCUAUUACCUGGCCUUAAGAAGCCAUAAGCCUUUUUAACCUGCCCAAAAAAGCGUACAAUAAAAAAGAAAAUCUAAAACCAACAAAAGACCCCUAACCCUUGGACUGCCAAAAAGCAAAGGAAAACAUGGGUUAUUUAUAGUUUAUUUAAAAACAGUCAUUUGAUGCCGCCUUAAGUGUUAGAGGGAAAAUUUCUAUUAGGUGAUGUAUAGUACGUUGUUUUAAAUUUAUACAUCUUAAAGGAUACCUUAAGACCAUGCAGAUUACUGGUGGAGUUUGCAGCUAGUAUAUGGAGAAAACAGAAGUUUCAGAGUUGAACAAAAAUAGCCCAGUUCAGCCCAUCUCCUGCCUGUUCUGUCCAUGCAUCCAUUGAAGACCACAAAGAAAUAUUUGCGUCUUUGGUAACUGGGAGCCAGUGGUUUUAACCAGAGUCCAGACCACUUAGAGAAAUCAUAUCACAUAUAAAGUUGGAGGGAGUGGGUAUGUGAGUGUUCUUCAAAGCAGAAUGUCUUAUUUGAGAGAUUAUUUUCGGUACAGUGAGAAAAGUCAACUAAAGUUAUAUCUGUUGGAAUUCAGUUUUAUAGUAUUUUGAUUUGCCUUUUUGAUGCAUAAACCUAAGACACUAAUGGAGAUGGAAGCAAUCUCCUGUCAGUGCCCUGUACAUUUUCUGCCAAAGAGAAAUAGUAGAUUUUAUUUUUGCAGACAUAGGUUUCUUCAUCUUCUCUUGAAUGUUUGUUUUGCAAGUUCUUCCAACAGAUUCAGGAUUACAGAUGGCUAAAAGAAGCAGACUUUCUGACUAUAAAAUUAAACGCAUACCCUUAGGAAAGGCAAGGCUAUUUAUUUAAAUUUUGUUUUCUUACGAAGGCAGUAAAGAAGGGGUUAAUGUCCUAUUAUAUUUAUUUCAGGGAAACUUGCAUCUGGACCACUCACAUUCCAGCUGAAAUCAGCUCCCUGACAAAGUACUCACAGUGCAAUUCUGCUUUCUGCCAAAGAUCGCUUCAAUAUUUAGUUCCAUCCAUGAGCAGGGGAAAUUGCUUAGUAAAAUUGCUGAUUUAUUGAUUUGCCCCUCUCUCCUCCCUCCCUUUAAAAAACAAAAAACCCAACAACAACAAAAACCAAACAACAAAAAAAAUCCCCACCUUGAAAUGAUAUUUCAGCUUUGUUAAAACUUGCAAACACGCCAAUAAUCUGAUCUCUUCAACAGACACCUUCUAAAAGGGAUUUUGUAUCUC